CGCCGACUAUUUAUUUUUUCCCCCAAAUACAACUCCCAACACUCUUCCUGCGCUGUUCUACCGCACCUCCAAUCGCCUCCUGUAUGCCUUUACGCCGCAGCUCGUGUUGUUGGUAGUCCAGCGACACGCUUGAUCCAACAGUAGCUAUGGCUGCUGCACUGCGCUUCUACAUUGACGCUCCUUUCGAAUUCGCCGCAAAGCAAACAGGCGCUAGCACUGAUGACUUGAAACUCAUUGGGUCCUUCCUCCUCUCCUACCCGCUAGCCGCUAUUCUCAAGAGACUCCCCGACUCGCAGCCGUGGAAGAAGAAUGUGUUCAUUAUCGCCGUCUCACUAUUCUACAUAAUCGGGCUAUACGAGCUCUGGGACGGGUUACGCACAAUUCUCUACAGCUCGGUGGCCACCUACCUGAUUGCGUACUACAUCGAUGGAUCGUUAAUGCCAUGGAUUGGAUUCUUUUUCCUGAUGGGCCACAUGUCCGUCAGCCAUAUCUACCGACAAAUUGCCGACGAUGUGACCGUCGUCGAUAUCACCGGGCCGCAGAUGGUACUGGUCAUGAAGCUGUCGGCAUUUUGCUGGAACAUUUACGAUGGCCGUCAGCCCCAAGACCAACUGUCGGACGCACAAAAGUAUGCUGCAAUUAGGGAAUUCCCAAGCGUCCUCGACUAUGCCGGCUACGUUCUUUUCUUUCCCUCGUUAUUCGCCGGCCCGGCCUUUGACUACGUCGACUAUCGGAGAUGGAUCGACACCACGCUUUUCGACGUCCCGCCUGGCACCGACCCGUCAAAAGUUCCCCCGACGAGGAAAAAGCGCAGAAUCCCACGCAGCGGGCGUCCAGCCAUCAAAAAGCUCGUCCUGGGCCUGUUAUGGAUUGUCGCUUUUCUGAAACUCGGCUCCUUGUACACCUCGGAAACGGUUCUCAGCGAUGAGUAUCUAACAUACUCCCUACCCCGGCGUAUCUGGCAACUGUAUUUGAUGGGCCUGGGAACUCGCUUAAAAUACUACGGCGCAUGGGCUCUGACCGAAGGUGCCUGUAUCCUCUCCGGCCUCGGAUACAACGGGUUCGACCCGAAGACUGGCAAGGUAUAUUGGGAUCGGCUGGAAAACGUGAACCCAUGGGGUCUCGAAACAGCGCAGAACACACGCGGCUACAUCGAUAACUGGAACAAGAACACUAACCACUGGCUCCGAAACUACAUCUAUCUACGAGUGACGCCGAAAGGCAAAAAACCAGGAUUCCGUGCUAGCUUGGCGACUUUUGGCACUAGUGCGUUCUGGCAUGGCUUUUAUCCGGGGUACUACCUCACGUUUGUCCUGGCAUCUCUCGUCCAGACAGUUGCAAAGAACUUCCGCCGCUAUGUCCGCCCCUUCUUCCUCACCCCGGACGGCAGCAAGCCCACCAGCGCAAAGCCAUACUACGACAUCGCGUCCUGGCUAGCCACCCAAUCUGUAAUGUCCUUCACCGUCGCGCCCUUUAUAAUCCUCUCCUUCAACGACACACUCAAGGUCUGGAGCCGGGUAUACUUCUACGGCUUCGUCGCAGUCUUGAGCUCCAUGGUGGUCUUCGCGAGUCCCGCAAAGGGCUACCUAAUCGCACGCUUAAAGAAACGCAACCGCCCCCCACUGGCCGCCCGCGCAAUCACCGCGGAUCAUCUGCCUAUGCUCGGGCUCCCGAGCGAUCCAGGCCAGGAGGUUGAGGAUGCGAUCAAAGAGAUUACGGAGGAAAUUGAGGAUAUGAGGAAGAAGGGCAUGCCGGUGACGAUUCCGUCGAAGGAGGAGUUGAGGGCGUUGGUUGAGCAGAAUACGGGAAAGAAGUUGGGAUGAAAAUGAGGUUAUCAGGGGUGUGUAGGAGGCUGUUGCGGAAGCCGUGGGUUGUUGUUGUUUUGAAUGAUAGACUGGCGAGAUGGGUUGUUUAAUGGGUUGUGAUUAUUACUAUUACGUUGUCGAAUCUGGCUAUUAGCCUGUCUACACAUUGGUCAUGGCACUUUAUUAUUACAUUGUUCGGUAAUGAACAAUCACGAAUUUUCCAAAUACUUAGACUUUUCAAUAAUAUUUGCAAUCUUCAAGACCUCAA